AAUAAAACAAAAAGAUAUAUUCACACGAAGCAAUUAGAUAAAGCAUUAUCCCUUUUUAAAUUUUUUCAAAAUUACACAAAAUACAAUUUGUCUGGAAAAUGUCAACAGAAUAACCUCGAGCCGCGGCCAGUCAGCUGUGCGUGUUGUUGUUUAUGUUUUGUACGCACAAUCAAUACACUUUAUUUCACAAUCGUACAAUAUAUUCCCAGUUCUCAACGACGCUGAUUAUCGGAAAAUUGUGCAUACAAAAGGAACAUGUUUUUCCUUAAAGUGUCCCGAUCGGCAUUAGCAUCCUGCAUAUGGAGUCGCGCUCUUUCCACGACCAGAAUCAACUGGACAUCCAUCAAAACAGUGCAGGAAAAAGUUAAUCCAUACGCGAAAAUUCGAAUUAACUGUGCAUACGAUCUGAAAAUUGUACCUUACGAUUUGCUCGACUGUCCCGAUUCCAACAUCCUCAAGGCGACGGUGAAGCACGACAGCAAUGUAGACAACUUUGCGGUAGAAAUAUCGGACAAAAUUGUCACUAUUACGAGCGACCCGAAUACCGGUGGAACAGAAUGUAUUUUGGAAGUUCCUAUAAAAGCAGACUUGCAAAUCCAUAACAAUGGAACCACCUCGAUAGCGAACCUGUACAGCGAUGAUAUCGAAAUCGUUGGUACCGGAGACAUAGAGACGCGAAGUCUUCGUUCGACGAACAUAACACUUAACAGCGCUACCGGAAAUAUAGCCUGCAAGGGUAUAACGCUGGCCGAAAACGUAACUGUUACGGCCUCGGGCAAAGGAAACAUAUUUCUGGACAAAUUGCAAGGUGGAACGGUUAGCGCAACCACCGAGAUGGGAAACAUUUCCGUUAAUGCAAGCUACUCGAACAAAAGCUCCUUUCAGACGAAGGAUGGCAAUUUGGAGCUGAAAAGCAUCCACAAAGACUGCACCGUACUGUCGUCCGGUGGUAAACAGUUUACCAUGAACGGUUUCUAUGGCACACUCAACGCGGACGUUGGAAGCGAAAUUGUAACAUUGCAGCUUUCCGAAAUGGUUGGCAAUAGUAGCAUUAAAGCUGUAUCAUCACAAGUUGUGAACCUUAAUCUCGCCGAAACUGUGUACGAAACGUCAGCCAUCACUGUAAACUCUUCACACUUAACGCUCGAUAGUACGAUAAACGAUCAGGCUCAUCAACGGGAUGGUAGCAGUAUCACACUUGGAAGGUCUGAUGCUGAAAAUUCGUUACACGUUCAAACAGACGGUUCGGUUGUAGUACGAAAAAUGUCCUGGGCGGACAGUUUUUCUUUCAGUGGUAUGAGCCAUAUGAAGCAACAGUGAAGUUGUGUUAACACGAACACAUGUACUCUCAGGACAGCAUUUCGAUAGUGUUUGAUUGAGCCUAUAUUUAUAUUGACACUAGUACGGCCAGGCACUUGUUUUAUUUGUACGCUUCAAGAAGAAAAGUAGUGGAAAAAAUGUUACAAUUGAUCUUAGUAGUAAAUAUAGUUUACAAUUUCUAGCACCCUAA